AUGACGAGCCCGGUAAUUACCAAAAACUACGCUGAAAAGUCGCUGAACAAUAUAAUUGAGAGAAUUACAUGCGACGACCUGGACUUUAUGGAUAAAAUAUAUACGACAACUCUGGACAAAUUAAAAGCCAAGCAAGAGAAUGAUAGACUAUGGAUCCGAACCAGUCUGAAACUGGCCAACUUGUACAUUUCCCGAGAACUAGUUGACAAAGCACAAGAUCUUGUCAAUGAACUCAUGGAAGUGUGUCAUCAAACUAAUAGUGGCUCGGAUACAAUUAUGUCGACAUAUCUGCUCGAAAUAUACGCCCUGGAGAUUCAGGUAUGUAUGCUAACGGGUAACAUCAAACGGCUCAAAGAGCUAUAUAGUAAAACUCUCAACGUGACGACGGCAGUGCUCCAUCCACGAAUUCUAGGAGUUAUUAGAGAGUGUGGAGGCAAAAUGCACAUGCAAGAAAAGAAAUGGGAUAUUGCUCGCGAAGACUUCUUCGAGAGCUUUAAGAACUACGACGAAGCCGGUUCACUGCACCGAACCCAGGUCCUGAAAUAUUACGUUCUCGCCUGUAUGCUGUCUGAGAGCGGGAUUAAUCCGUUUGAAUCCCAAGAAACCAAACCGUAUAAAGACGAUCCUCAAGUGUCUGUUAUUGUCCAGCUGGUCGAUGUGUUCCAAAAGUCGGAUGUAGAAGGUUUCAACGAGCUCAUGAAGACUCACAGGGCAGAAAUCAUGUCCGACUCUUUCUUUGCCAACUUUCUCGACGAUAUAGUUCUGUCGAUUCGGUCUCUAGGAGUUCUCAAUCUCGUUAAACCAUACCGACGAGUUUCUCUGGACCAUAUCCAGAACAUACUAGGAGUCGACCAAGCAACACUCGUGGAGAUCAUAGUUGGUCUGAUUCUCGACGACCGACUUCCAAACACCAAAAUCGAUCUCACUAACGGCUUUAUUGACCUGAACAUCACCAACCAGUCGGCUUCUGUCUCUUCAUCAAAACAAGACACUCGUUUCUCAACAUCCACCUCUUCUAACAACGUGGCACCUCUACCCUCUCGCUACUACGAAUCCGACCGAGACAGUGCCCAACAGCAAGAACAACAGAACCUGGUCCGUGCCUCGUCCGACGCAGUCGCCAUGGCCGGCCUUUCCUCCACGUCAAACACCUCCACCACAACAUCCCACACCGACUCUCAACGUCCAGUCUCACUGGCCCACUGGCUCGGCUCUCUCGAACGUCUCCACUCUGCUAUCCACGCAUAA